AUGUCCAAAUUGCAAAAGAACGCAACGCGUUCGAUAUUGGAGGAAAUAAAGAUGGAGGUCGAAUCGCACAAAAAUUCGCCAGGUCCGGCUCACAGUGGCAAAGACGGCGAUCUGUACGAGGAAGAAAUCACAUUAUUUGCCGAUUUCGACAUCUGCCUCGACAUGGACGAUCCCAACCUGUACAUCAAGGUGAUCGGGAUCGAAACGGAAACACCCAUCAUACAAGUGAACGACGAAGUGUACCGGGGGACGGCCGAUCUAGCAUUCGGGACAAAUGUAUUCUUCGAGAAGGAUCCCAAAGCUACAGCCACCCUGGAUCCCGUGUUCGAGAACAACAUCAAAGAUAUGUACCAGUACGUGGCUAGCACGGAUAAGGUGCUGCGAAUGAAGCGAAUAUUUCUCAACGCAAAGGAACAGCAGAAACAGGACCAACCCGCACCUGGACCAGCCGCGAACGCACGCGAAAGUUCCGAAGACGAGGAGGUGAGCAAUUGUGAGGUGAACAUGACGUAUGAGGAGGCGCUUAAUUUGCAUCUACCCGAUGGCGGUGUUCCCUGUCGAAGCAUCUCCGACUAUUUGAACGGCGUAGCGCUAAUGGAAAACCGCAGAAUUAAAGGCGAACCCAUGCAGGAUGAAUGA